ACGUUCUUUUAUGGAGUAUAAAUAACUGCAUCUAUCUGAAAGCACACAACACAGUAAACAAAGUGAGUUGUGCAGCACUCCUCACUUGGUUUGUUUGUAGUGUGCAUGUAAGCUCCGGCCCUCCGGGACAUAUUCCUUGUGCAUUUCCAAGCUAUGUCUGGAGUGGAGGUGAGGGUUCCAAAUUUGGAUUGUGAAGGAUGUGCGACUAAGCUAAGAAAAGCUCUGCUCAAACUCAAAGGUGUGGAAGAUGUAGACAUUGAUAUGGAGGCUCAGAAAGUCACAGUCCGAGGCUACGCUCUGGAAGAAAAAAAGGUGCUUAAAGCGAUCAAACGCACUGGCAAAGCAGCGGAGCCAUGGCCAUAUCCAAGAGGCUACACACAUUUUGCAUCAUUUUACAAGUACCCAACUCAUGUCGCCAACCAUUACUAUGACACAUCAAGAAAUGUUGCCCCGGGUGGAGUACAUUCCUUCUUUCAGACCCCUUCGGUUUAUAAUGUGGCUGUGGCUUCUGAUGAAGCUGUUGCUUCCCUGUUUAGCGACGAGAAUCCUCAUGCUUGCACCGUUAUGUGAUUAUAUUUGCGGACCAAUUUUCACUCAUGGCUUCGGAUGUAUUCUCAGAUAUGACGAAUGCAUUGUAAUCUUCAUUGUUUUGUGUUAAUGAGCUACUUAUUUUCUAUAA